AUGCUAUUGCUGGCCGUGCGCCGCGUUUGUUGUUUCGCUACGCUGCCAGCCGUGGCCAUGCUCAUGCUCAUGCUAAUGCUAUCCCUCUCCCUCUAUCUCGCCAUCUUCUGGCUUCCGUGGACUGCCACACAAGGCCUGCUGCUCCAGCCAGACGCGCCGGCGCCGACGAAAGACCAGCUCAACUUAGAUGGCGUUCCUUGUGCUUCGGUCGCGAUUCUUGACCACGGCAAAGUCACAAGCAGCGUGAUAUCGAAUGGACCAGAAGAUGCAGAUACCAUCUUUCAAGCAUGCAGCAUCUCCAAAUCAAUCACCUCCCUCGCGGUGGCAGUCUUGGUCGACGCAGGCACCAUCACUUACCACACGACGGUGAAGCCUCGCUUGCCAUCCCACAUCAUCAACUGCAUCAUUGAGCCCGCAACUGAACACCUCCUGCAUCUGUCCAAGAAUCUCUGCACUCCGAGACAGGCUUUCUCACUCCACACACCGCACGCGUGA